GUCGGACCAGAAACAUGUUCAGCCAAGUGACAGAAUGUCGACAGUUCCUUUAAACAGAGAGAGACAGAGAUUACAGGCACAACACUCAGGCUGAGGAUUCAGGUCUGGAUUUAAGGUUUUAAGUCACUUUGCUGUGUUUUAAAGGACGAGUCAGACACAGACAUGGAGCCUGAAGCAGCUGUGUUCUCUGAAGUCUCCAACGAUACAAACAAACAAAUAAGUCCUGUUGAGGAACCUUCGCAGGAAAAAGACCAGGAAGUGUCAGAAAUAUGUCCCCAAGGGGAUGAGGUGACCAACGGAUGUGACCCUGAAGAACAAAUGCACAAAAACAUGGGGACAAAAGAUCUUCUACUAACGAAUCAGAGGGAUAAACGGUCCAUAAGCCCGCUGAGUUUUUUCAAAGAGGACUUCAGCCAGUUUAAGGAGGAAGUGUUCAAGGUGUUCAGGGACAAAGAUACAAACCCAACAAAUCAGGCAGAAAAUAAACCUGCCACCAGUACACUCUGCCUCCUGAGAGAAGACCUGAGCCAGUUUAAAGAGGAUGUGACCAGCGUCUUCAGCUCGUCUAAAAAGCCCACAGAUCCUAAAACCAGUCAGCCAGCAGAGAAGACGAUCAACCGUCUGAGCUUUCUUAAUUUUAAGGAAGACCUCUCUAAUGUCUUCAGAAUCGGUCUUUCAAAAGACAGAGACAACAGAGGCGUCACUGCACAGGAAGACACCUUCAAGAUAAAACCUGAAAGGGUCGAUGAGCUCUUUUUACAGAGUCUGUUCAGAAAGCCUUCUGAAAAAGCAGAGAAUGGUCAGGAAGUUAAACAGACAUUUUCAGAGACGAGCAAGGAACAAAUGGACGCUGGUUUUAGGGGAAACCUCUCAGAGCAAACCAAAGAGACAGUUGAUACCCAGAAAAUCAACAACAUGAAAGAUGACAUGGAGGACAGUGAAGUGGAUAUUACUCUCUCUGAGGAGAAAACUCAAAGUCUCUAUGAAACACAACAAACUCAGGAGGUGAUUCCUACAUCACAGGCAGCUGAGCAGAAAUAUGAGAGUGAAGGGUCGAGUGAGGACUCCCCUGUGGUGUCAGCAGAAGACGAGAGGAUAAACAAAGAAGAAGAAGAAAAAAAAGAAGAACCACGACAGGAAGAACCAGAAGAAGAAGGAGAAGAAAAGCCAUCAGAGACUCUUCCCUGGGAGCCUCUGUCCUCUCAGUUCAACCUUUUCAGUCUCAGAGACCCAAACAAAGAUGACACAAGGAGUCCGCCGGGAGGAGACUUGUGGUCAGUGAAGAACUUUGCCUGUUAUUUGACCUUAGACCCCAACACUGCCAACUCAGAGCUCCACCUGACCGAGUGCAACAGGACGGCAACUCGCAAGUGGUCGGACCACUGGCCCUCAGACCACCCGGAUCGGUUUGAGCGCUGCCCUCAGGUUCUUUGCAGAGAGGGGCUGCUGGACUCGGUGUACUGGGAGGUGGAGUGGAAAGGCGGCGCUGACAUCGGCGUCACCUACAACAACAUCUCCAGAAACGGAGACAUGGCAAGCUGUCUGCUGGGACACAACAAGCGGUCCUGGAGUCUGGAGUGUUCAGAGGGAAGCUACACACCAUGCCACCGUAACAAGAGGUUCAAGUCCUGCUCACCCCGACCCUUCACACACAGAGUUGGGGUUUACCUGGACUGGUCUGCAGGAUCUCUGUCUUUCUACUGCAUCUCUCAGGACACCAUGGUCCACCUUCACACCUUCACCUCCAGCUUCACUGAGCCCCUGUACCCGGGGUUCUGGGUCUGGGCCUAUGACGGCUCAGUGUCGCUGUGUCAGGUGGAGCUAGACUGGGAAAGACUGCUGCAGUGAACCAAUGAGAGCACUCUCCUGAGAAAGGGUGUUCUGGGUAAUCACAGGUCGCAGAGGAUCACAGAGGAGCAGAUUCAAGCAUCAAGCCAGCUGACUGGUUGAUUCAGUUGCUGUCGGCAGGUGCAGGUAAACAUUGUGCUCAAAAUCUGCGCAUAUAAAAAAAGAAACCAUGUUUGUGUCUCUGGAUCAGCCCCUGAGCCUGUUCGCCUCUGCUCAGCCCAGAGACACAAGUUACAGCUUUAAAGUCCCGUCACGUCACAAAGUGAAGUUCAACUGGUACGUCUCACUUUGCAACACACAUGCGACAUUAAUGACUGCCAACGUCAUUUGCAAAUAUGUUAAACAAGUCUUUUUGAGACAACAGGCAGCAGCUGGAUCUUUACAUAUCACACACUUUAUGAUUUUAUCUGCCAGCCCUGCCUGGAACAGACGUGGUCCAACUGGCUCUCAUCAGUCAUCACAAAUCAGAUUCAUCAUCAGAGACUUGUCCACCUUAAGCUGACAUAACAGCUAUAAUUCCACCUUAAAAUCUAAAGAACGGGACAUAAUGUGCAAUAAUGUGUCAACAAAGGAAAUAUCAGGGAUAAUUCAGCUUCUGAACAAAGAACACUGAAGGAAUUCCAACUAGGAGAAGUUUCAGCUGGUUAAAAAUCUACAAUCCUCACUGAUAGAUGAUACUAAAUCCUCCUAGCUCUGACACACUGGACCUUUGACCAUGCACUGUUUAACUCUUACACUAACUACCUCAACUUUGCUUUGAACUAAGUAAACCUAUUAUAUUUAUCAUCCAUACUGGUGACCUUUUUGUGUCACUGUAUGUACUGCACCAUGCCACCCUUAUCUUAUCUUAUCUUAUCUUAUCUUAUCUUAUCUUAUCUUAUCUUAUCGUAUCUUAGCUUAUCAUAUUUAGCUUAUCUUAUCUUAGCUAAAAGAAGUCUGAGAUUCAGUGUUGAAAAUCAACUUUAUGGAUUUUCAGGAUUUCAAAUUCUACCAGCCACCAUUCUGUUAUCACACUUUUGUGUGUACUAACUUUAGUGUUUCGUUUGUCUGGACAAAGAAAAAAAAAGACUAAUACACACUGUUCACAUAAAAAGCAUCAGUUUGAUAUUUCAUUUAAUGCUUAUCAAUGUUUUAUUCCCUCACACAGACACACACCCAAGCAAAAAAAGUAUCAUUAUUAUUAUUAUCAAUAAUAAUAAUACCCGUGGUGGAGAGGUUAAUAAAAUUUACGGGUGCUAAUUUUCAACCCUGGUGAGAUUCUUCUGAAUGUAAAAGACAGAACUCCAAACAGCCUCUUCUUUGUUUGUUUACUCUGUUUGUUUCUGAUGCAGAGAAUUUAUAAAGCUUUAUAUUUACUAUA